AUGCAACGUGCAGCUUUGCCCCGUUUUCCCAUCAAGCUCGGUGAUGAAACCUUUGACAGAGUGUACAAUUACAUUACGAAGGAUCUCAAUUACAGUGGGCCACUUGGCCUCAGUUGCGACAAUACAAAGCUGCUUAGUACACUGCGCACGUACUGGGAUGCGCAGGCCGAGUGCUUUUUCUUGGUUGGCCAUACUGGUGAGCCAAUCCCUAUUGCUGACACUGCCAAACUUGAAGCAUUGCUGAAGUCUGAGACGCUGGAAAAAGCGACCAAGGUCCGUGUCUGGUGUGUUCAAAUACCGAUGCCCAAAGCUAGCUCAAUUGUCGCACAUGUCAUGGCCAUACCAAAUUCUCUCUCUGCCGAAAACCUUCAAAUUUACUCAGACAGAAUCAUUUGUGGUCUUGAUGAUAACGCAGUGUAUCAAUUAUUCUCAGCAUCAUCCCUCAAGUAUUUGUCAACCCACUUUCCCGACCAUAUAGGCGAGAUCAUCUAUCUCUUCAUAUUUGGAGAGCUCAUAGACACCUACCAGAAUCGUAGCAUCAGUCACAUUGCUCGCAUCAAGAUGGUCUUGCGUAUACGUUAUUUUGUGGACAUCUGGAGUUUAUUUAUCGACCAGGUUGGAUAUGUCAAAUCCAAGCAUUUUAUCUCCCAUGAGGCCACCAAUAUCAUUUGCAUCAUUAUCGAGGGGCUCCUUGGCCUCAUCUUUGUUCAUAGAGAUCACAUGGGCGAUGAACGCUACCCUCUGCUUCCCUGGAUACAUUCCAGUGAAGUCUGCGAGCACGUAUUUGCAGAGUGCCGGAAACUAGUCAAGGAUUUUGCAUUUACAGACCUGAUACAGAUGAUGCCCCGUCUACAUGUAAGUAUCCGAGCUGCAGUCCUCCUCAACGUCACGACAGACCCAAAAGCCCGUGUGGCCGGCUACGCUCACACCUACUUCGACUCUCAUGGGAUCAAUCUCGGACUUCUAGCAUGCUUCCCUCUGGAUGGGGAGAUCAAGUCAAUCGCUCAAGAUGCCUGGGGGGAAGCCGCAAAUCUGUUCAGUAUCCUUGGGGUCUCACCGUCCGACUUCCUUUCAGCUUCCACUUCCCAUCCAACCCUCCCGAGUAUUGAUUUGUGGUACGCACCGGGAUUGGAUCCACUGGCAGACACCAACUUGAGCGACGUUGAUGCCUCUGAUGAUGAAAGAAAAGAAGGUGAUAGUGACAUGGGUGACGCUGAUGAACUGGACAAGUCGGUCAAAGCAUUACCUGAUUCAGGCAUCUGUAGGCAUGCAGUGGACAAGCGUUUGUUUAAUUUGGAGUGCGCUGCCGUUGCUGUGAACCUAGAAGACCUGGUUCGUUUACGAGAGUAUUGCCAGGAGCUUCCACCAGAAGAACAUGAGGCAAACCUUGAGAAAGACCGCCUUCAUCUUUUGGCAGCACUCCGGAUUGCACAGCUCCCUCCCAUUGAUGUACCUCCUAAACCUUGUCAUGCAUUCGAUUUCCAUUAUUCCUUAGUCGACAACCUCAAUUUCACCACAAUCAUUGACAUUCAACGAGUGCAUCAGACAUGUCGCGCAGCUCAGGGUGUCCGCAAGAAUGCUGUCCUGGAGGUGUCAUCCUCCGGCAGUGAGAAAGUGGCCAAAGAGACUCUACAGAGGCAGAUUAUCCGCGAGAUGCAAGGCCUUCUCUUACAGCAGGAAGACAGGGGAAUUGGAAGUGGUCUUGAGCGCAAGGAAAGGUGGAAGGCUUUAGCGUCCAGAGGUCUCUCCAGCGGGAACUCAGCGAAUGCGGCACUUGCGGCUGCUCAACGUGCAGAAGUUGUACGUACAUCUGGAAAAACCUCCUCUUUUAAUUAG